AUAGAAACCUUAUAACCAAGGAUUUAUGGAUGUUAUGUUUAGGUACCUACCUGGAUGGAAUAAAUGGAUGAGCUGAGCGGCUGAUCCAUUGUGGCUUGUAACAAUCCAUUUUACCUACGACCUUGACCUACAACUUGGAACCGCUUCCAAUCCUAUCUGCCUAUUAAUGUCUUUUUGCUUUUCCCAACAGGAAUAGGAAUUAAUCAGCUUACAAGGCCAGCAAGGCUUCUUCUUGUUGUUUUUUCUUCUUCUUUGUGCGCUUACCUACUGCUUUCUCAAACACCAAUCGCGUAUGCAUUGUCGUUGGCAUCGUUUGUUGGCAUAGAAGCCGCCUCCCAUUCCAAGCAGGAACACCAUUCGUUCGAACCCUGGCUGGAACCUAGGCGUCGAUCUUCGCUCCUUAUCCCUCUCGUGAUUAUCUCGACCGCUGCCCUGUGUCUUUUAACACAGAGGUAAUGUCUAUUUCCUCUACUGUUGCUGCUCUUAUCGAAGUUAUUCCGUCGACGAUACCCACGGCUCCCCCGAACGCAGCGAUAGGAGUCGAUCUCCCUCCUGCUCCCACCGACGUCUCCUCCAUCCUUACUACUACCGCCACCGCGAUAGCCUCAGCCGCGACCACAUCGAUGGCCCCUCCCGAAGGCGGCCAUGGCGAGGGCGAGUGUCGGUUAUUAGGGCCGUUUGCCUUAUUUGUACAGCUUGCGUUGGGUGGAUUAGCUCUCCUGUCUCUCGUCUACAAGCGGUGGCGAGAGAGACCCCAACGACCUGUCAAGAUUUGGUUCUUUGAUGUGUCGAAGCAGGUGUUUGGGUCGGUUUUGGUACAUAUCGCGAAUGUUUUUAUGUCGAUGCUCACCAGCGGCCGGUUCUCUAUUAAGUUGGACCCGGUCAGUGUGCAGGCGGCUGAGAGAAUGCUUCGAAGAGAGGAUGACCCAUACCUGCCAAACCCCUGCUCCUUCUACCUAUUAAAUUUGGCUAUUGAUACUACCGUCGGUAUUCCCAUUCUUAUCAUCCUUCUCCGCAUCACCACCGGCCUCGUAGCAUACACUCCUUUCGGAAAGCCGCCAGAGUCAAUCCAAUCUGGCAACUACGGCACCCCUCCUAACGCUUGGUGGUGGUUAAAACAAUCCGUUAUCUACUUUUGCGGUCUAUUUGGCAUGAAAGUCUGUGUCCUCAUCGUAUUCUUGAUAUUACCAUGGAUAUCUCGUGUGGGGGAUUGGGCUCUCAGGUGGACCGAAGGCAACGAGCGAGUUCAGAUUGUAUUUGUCAUGAUGUUAUUCCCUCUCAUCAUGAAUGCGAUGCAGUAUUAUAUAAUCGACAGUUUCAUCAAGCUGAAGGACAAUGGCCACGAAAUAUUACCAUCGGAAGAUGACGAGGGACGCGAUCCUUUCGACGACGCAGUCGCGGAAAGCGACGACGAAGGCUCGGUCAGUGGGGAGAGCAACGAAAGUAUGAAGCUUUCCGAUUCUAGGAAUUUUAAGAAAUCCCAGAAGGGACCUGGCCAGGGGCGUGAAGAAUACGAUCCAGAUUUGGAUGGCCAGACGGUCAUAGGGAGUAGCAGAAGUCAUGAAGAUAGGGGCAGACUUCUCCCCAAGGAAAUGGUUCCACCAGAGUAACCUUAUUCCUUUGUCGUCUCCCCUAUUUUGUAGUUUAGCAUUGGCAAAUUUGGUGUUUUUUAAACGGUGUAUAUUACUCAGUCACGAAGAUAUCAGUACACCAAUUAGCAUUUCCGCAUUCCUGAAUACCUUUAUUAUACUGCGGGAAUAUAAGGUAUAUGAUUGGCUUCAAAUAAGCGGUGAUGGUAGUACCUAGAAAUAUCAUGGAUUGGGUUGGUCUCGUGCUUUGCAAGUUUGGCGGGACUCCGCAGACGCUUCGGCUGCAGGUGCAGAUUUGUUGCCUAUAGGUGGUCCUACACGUUGCUUAUCGCGCGUCUUUGUCGACCAACUGCAAGGCUGAGUCAAGCCAUCACGAAUAAGUUACUUCCUAGUACUGUUCAUUACCUAUUACUACGCGUCAAUGCCACAAUCUUCCUAGUGC